AGAAGAGCCUCAGGGACGAGGAGACAGUCUGUGACUAGGCACAGGAGGGGAGGACCCAGAGUCAAGGACAGUGAAGGGUGGACACAUGGCCAGGGCCAGGUGCCUGAUGGAUGAACACACCUUCACCCACAACUUCCCUAAUCAUAAAAGGACUCGCAAGACCUACCUGUGCUAUGAGGUGGAGAUCCUAUGUGGUGAUUCUGGGCUCCCUCCAGACGAGGACAAGGGCUUCCUGUGCAACAAGGGUGCUGACCAACCUGGGCUGCCCUGCCACGUGGAGCUGUACCUCCUGGAGCGGAUCCGUUCUUGGAAUCUGGACCGGAAGCUGCACUGCAGGCUCACCUGUUUCAUCUCCUGGACCCCCUGUGGUACCUGUGCCCGGAAACUGGCUGAAUUCCUGAAGGAGAACAGCCACGUGAGCCUGUGCAUCUUCGCCUCCCGCAUCUAUAGCCUUCACGAUUAUGAGGCAGGGCUGCGCACACUGCAGGAGGCUGGGGCCCAAAUCGCCAUCAUGACCUUUAAGGAGUUCAAGCAUUGCUGGGAGACCUUCGUGGACCACCAGGGAAGACCUUUUCAGCCCUGGGAUGAGCUGGAUGUAAAUAGUCAAGGCCUAAGUAAGGAGCUGCAGGCCAUUCUCCAGACUCGGCAAACCAGCCUGGGAGGUCACUUACAGAUGAGAGCCCUGGGAGAGGAAAUGGAGCCCCAGCGCCCCAGACAAAGGGCAGGGCUGGGACUAGCCAGCCAAGGAGGCUGCAGCCAGAUGCCCUGGAUCAGUAACCUAGUGGAGUGGAUAGAUCCCCAAACCUUCUUCUUCCACUUUGAAAACUUGGUGUAUGCCUAUGGGCGGAACCGCACCUACCUCUGCUACCAGGUGAAAAGAAAGGAGCACUGCUCACCUGUCUUCCCCGACAAGGGAGUCUUUCAUAACAAGGUCAAUACUCCCUACCAUGCCGAACUCUGCUUCCUCUCUUGGUUCAACAAGAGGCUGUCCCCUGAUGAGUGUUACCACGUCACCUGGUUUGUGUCCUGGAGCCCCUGCGUCGCAUGCGCAAAGCAGGUGGCUAAGUUCCUGGAGAAGAACAGGAACGUGAGACUGAGCAUCUUCGCUGCCCGCCUCUACUACUUCUGGCAACCAGCGUUCCAGCAGGGGCUGUGCAAGCUGCAUGGCGUGGGGGCCCAGGUGGGCAUCAUGUCCUACCAAGACUUUAAAUACUGCUGGGAAAACUUUGUGUACAACCAGAGAAUGCCCUUCAAGCCUUGGGAGAAACUAUGUGAAAAUUCUAAGUUCCUGGUCACAAAGCUUGAGGAGAUUCUCAGGAACACAAUGAGCCUGCUAAAGGAAGAUAUAUUCAACAAACAGUUCAGCAACCAGCCCCGGGUCACGGCGCCCUACUACCGGAGGAAGACUUAUUUGUGCUACCAGUUGAAGGGGCCCGAUGGCUCCAUACUUGCCCAAGGCUGCCUCCGAAACAAGAAACAGCGACAUGCAGAAAUUCGCUUUAUUGACAAGAUCAAGUUUAUGAAUCUCGACCCAAACCAGAGCUACGAAAUCAUCUGCUAUGUCACGUGGAGCCCUUGCCCCACCUGUGCCGAGAAACUGGUUGAUUUAAUCAACGAUCAAGUCCACCUGAAACUGCAGAUCUUCGCCUCCCGCCUGUACUUCCACUGGGUCAGGAAGUAUCAGAUAGGGCUGCAGUAUCUGUGGGCUUCUCAGGUCACAGUGGCUGUCAUGAACCGCCGAGAGUUUAAAGACUGCUGGGAAAAGUUUGUGGACAACCAGGGGAAGGAGUUCCAGGGCUGGGAUAAGCUGGAGGAAUACAACAGAAGCAUCAGCCGACGGCUCCACAGGAUCCUGAUGCAGCCCUUGAAGCAGAAUAAUUUAGAGGAUUCCUUCAGAGAUUUGAGACUUGGAUCCCCAUCACCUUCGUCAAGAAGUGACUCAAGAUGACUGUUCCUGGGGCAUCUUAGUGCUUCAGAAACUGCUGACUCUUAGGGGCAACUGGCAACUUCUGCUGGCAUACCUGGCCCUCAGCCAAGUCAGAACCGUCUUUCCUCUUGCAUUCUUCUGUUUCCUUUUCGACUUAGGUAAAUAUUUUUAUAGGUGAAAAAAUAAAAAUAAUUCGAAAGCUUGGGUUACUUUCUAAAA